UCCACCUCACUCAGCUCAGCUCAACCCAACCGAAGAAGAAGAAGAAGAAGAAGAAGAAGAAGAAGAAGAAGAAGAAGAAGAAGAAGAAGAAGAAGAUCAGUCAUGUUGCCAGGAAGGUUUCUCGGUCAGAAGAAGGUGAGGCCACCGACUGGUCCGCCCACAACCCCAAGAACACCAACCCCGGCGGCUACCUCAAGACCAUCAACAAUGGUGGCUCCGCGCGUGCCCUCAACAAAGUCACCAAGGGUGGCUACACCUGUGGCCUCAAGAUCGUCAGCAAGAGUGGCUUCCUCCACCGCAUCAAGAACGUCAGCAAUGGCAGUUCCGCCCACGCGCUCAAGAGUAUCAACAACGUCGGCUCAACCCGCUACCUCGAGAACUUCAACAACGGCUAAUCCACACGCGACCUCAAGAACGUCAACAACGGCAAAUCAGUCCGCGACCUCAAGAACUUCAACGACUGCAAAUCAGCAUGCAACCUCAAGAACGUCAACAACGACAAAUCCGUCCGCAACCUCAAGAACAUCAACAACGACAAAUUCGUCCAUGACCUCAAGAAUGUCAGCGGCAUCAGUGACGGUGGCUCCUUCUGCGACCUCAAGAAUGUCAGCAAGAGCCGCUCGUUCUGCUGCGACCUCAAGAGCGUCAACAGGAGCAACGGUGGCCUCAAACCGGUCGACGACACUGCAGCCAGGUGCGCCGACCUCAAGAACGGCUAGGACGAAAGCCCCACCCUUUUCUGCGACAACAAGUUGUAGUCGUGCCACUCCCACACGUCCACCAGUUCCCAGCAUGCGUCGAUGAUCUCCGUCCAUGUACGUCGUCCAUCUUCGAUGAAGUUAAGUGCAUUCUGACCAGUUUACUUAUGUUACAGUAAGUUAAUAAAUUUGUAAACUCAAUUCGUUCGAGCCCGUGAGA